GUGCACGGCCCCAGCUGCGACGUCACCGGGAAGUGGUCACGCUGGCUGGGCGGGAUGACGGGAACGACAAGAUGGCGACGGAUGAAGACUUUCGGGAGUCAGUCUUGUGAAACCGACUUCAUCCUGUUGACCAGCGAAACAUCUGUGUGGCACGACACCGAAAGCAGCAUGAAUCUCCAGCAGCCGGCGCCUCUCAUCCCCCCUGUGCACCCCGAUGUGCAGAUGAAGCCCCUGCCCUUCUACGACGUGCUGGACAUCCUCAUCAAGCCUUCAAGUCUGGGAGCGAGUACUGCACAGAGGUACCACCAAGAAAAAUAUUUCAUCUUUGCCUUGACACCACAACAAGUUCGAGAAGUGUGCAUAUCCCGGGACUUUCUACCAGGGGGCAGAAGGGACUACAUGGUUCAAAUUCAACUGAGGUUUUGCUUGUCGGAGACGAGUUGCCCUCAAGAGGAUAAUUACCCCAACAGUCUUUGUAUAAAGGUCAAUGGGAAACUGUUUCCUUUGCCAGGUUACGCACCACCGCCCAAAAACGGUGUGGAACAGAAGAGACCGGGAAGGCCUUUGAACAUCACCUCGCUCGUCCGACUCUCCUCUGCAGUGCCCAAUCAGAUUUCAGUGACAUGGGCUCCUGAGAUUGGAAAAACCUAUUCUAUGUCUGUGUACCUGGUGAGACAGCUGACAUCACCACUGCUGCUGCAGAGGCUGCGGAUGAAGGGCAUCAGAAACCCAGACCACUCCAGAGCACUGAUUAAAGAGAAGCUGACGGCAGAUCCAGACAGUGAGGUCGCUACAACAAGCCUCCGAGUCUCACUCAUGUGUCCGCUGGGUAAGAUGCGACUGACGGUGCCUUGCCGGGCGGUGACGUGCUCCCACCUGCAGUGCUUCGACGCGGCCCUCUACCUCCAGAUGAACGAGAAGAAACCCACCUGGAUCUGUCCUGUGUGUGACAAGAAGGCUGCGUACGAGAGUCUCAUCAUUGAUGGUUUAUUCUUGGAAAUCCUGAACGACUGCUCCGAUGUGGAUGAGAUCAAGUUUCAGGAGGAUGGAACGUGGUGUCCGAUGAGACCAAAGAAAGAGGCGGUCAAAGUCCCGUCUCAAUCCGUUCCAAAAAUUGAGACUCCUUUGCGCCAGUCCUUAUUGGUCCCCCAUUCCGCCGAGCCCAGCUCCACCAAGAAGGCCGAUGUGAUCGAUCUUACCCUGGAGAGCUCCUCGUCCUCCUCCUCCGACGAAGAGGACUCAGACCCCCCACUAAAGAAAAGCUGCGUUUACAUUUCCAAGACUGAGGAGAUGCAUGCGAAGGGAGUGUUGACAUACCAGCCCAGUGUGCGGAUGCCAAGUGUCCAGGCCCUGGACCCCACGUACCUGACUUCGACGCUCGCAGACUACGCAGUCCCCUUCCAUGCAUCCACCCUGGCCUCUAUCCCCACAGACAUGCAGAGUCUGGAUUUGUUUUCCUUAAUUCAAGCAGAUCCUCAGCAUUACCGGCCUCAGAUGUUCCUGGACAACCUGACCAGCAGCAUGCAGAGCGCUGCUGCCGCCAGCACCAGCUCCGCCCUUGUCUCCUCCAGCAGCCACUACGACACCAGCGCCCACGCCGCCGGCUCCAUUCACGAGACCCGGGUCAUCACGGGAGGAGGGGGAGCUGGAGGCGGGACGGACGGUGGCAUAUCAGAUAUCAUUUCACUGGACUGAGCCGCGGCUCACGGGACCUUUCAGGCCUUUUCUUGUGGCCUUUUUUAUUCUGGACGUAACACGCGAUGAAUCACGUGUUCACGCACAAAGCACCUAAAUUGGUACUCAUGAUCACUUUCAUGGCCUCGGCGUUUUCACCAUGCAUUUUUCUUUUUGUCCUUUGGGUUUCCAUCCUGCUGUCAAUGGUUUGAUGAUAAAUGGUGUGUUGGCUAAAAGAAACAGCAAGUCCUCAAGACUUAGUUGUCAUACGAUUAAUCACGUUGGAUCGAAACGUACUUCAGCAGAUUCUGUGUAUUUCUAUACAACCAGUCUUCUGGCCAUCCGUACAGCAACACUGUUCCAACCCGUCUGCAGAGGUCGCCAUUAACUGUUCAUUUGUACCAAUUUGUCUGCUCGCACGAACCUGUACAUCUGACGUGAGUCUGUUGUGGUUCCUGGUGGAGCUGAACUGUCCUCGAGUCAGGACGGAGGGCGACGAGCUCGGACCCGCAGCAGGAGCUUGUUCCACACAACAUCCCUGCAUGUGAACGAACGGUUGGAAGGAGGAAGGAAGUCCCUCCGUGAAACUGAUAAACAGACUGAUGACCGCGGAGGUGUCUGACCUCCUCGCACACCGUGGACGAGGCUUUCUCUUUUUUACUGUAUCUACUGUCUUUGUGAAGCCUCGUUUUGCCUUUCCCUCACACUGAUGGACAUGUGGAAGGCUCGGCACCCGGACGGAGCGCGUUACACGACAGCUUCGAUGUCGCACCAAUGAAAUGACUAAAUUGUUCCCUUGUAAUUUAGACAGAGCAAUAAUAAUUUAACAAGUACUAGGUUAGACGGAGUUGUACGUGUCGUUCAGAUGGUCCAUAUCACUCUACUACUGUUCUUUGUGUUUUAAUGUUGCCUUCACAACCUCGUCACUCAGUUUCCUGAAAGCUUCGUUCAUGAGUUGUCUUUACUAACAUUUUCAUAAAAUGGUGGAGGCCAAAGAAGUUUUUUUUGUUGAAUAGAAAGUUAAUGUAUUGUCGUUUUAGUCAUAUUUUUUAGUUGAUAUUUUUUGUCAGAACUGUGUUUUGUCUGUUGAAAAUGUUUUUUCAACAGUCUCAUCUUUCCCCCUCUGUGGCUUCCAGACGCUGACAGUGACUUCGAUCUCAGCAUCCAUGUCCCCGAGCACCGCGGGCACAACUUCCCCCUUAGUAGCCAUCAGAAGUACAGCACGUCAGUCUGUAAAGCUCGAUAUUGAACGUGCUCCUUCCUUCAUCAAAAAUGCUUGUGGUUUAACGGGGGAAUCAUGUGCUGCCGUCUCCCCCCGGCUAACUGUGCUAUUGCUAAACUAGACCGAGCACAUUAACACAAAGACGUUAUUCCCCAUCUAUUGAACGGUUUGCGUCGGAUGCUCCGGAGGAUUUUGAGAUCAUAAAAAGUGGGAAGUUGAUGCUGCCAAACGUCAACUCUGUGCUUCUUCUGGACUCUGACCUCUGACCUCUCUGUCUCUAAUGCUCCGACAUAACGCCCACAUUUUGAGUCCUUGCCUGACAGCGAGCAGCAGCUACGUGACGACGUGAUCAGGAUCUCACCGUUCAUGUGGACUCUCCUGCUCUCAGGAGCUGGAUCUCAGGGAACCCCCACUCCGCUCCUCUGUGCUCCACACGCUCAGCGUCGUGAACCGCCGCCUGUACAAACAGACGGCGUGACGGUGUAAAGAGUUAAUAUCCGUUUUGUCCGAGCAUCGUGGCAAAAAGUGUUGAUGCUUCGUAAGUUUACAUGUUAAGUGAAAGGAAAGAGGUCGACAGUUACGGGAAUAGUUUGGCUUCAUGUAAACAGAAAUUUGUCUCCGAGUAUUGAAACACGACAUUUCAACACCCUCAGUAAAACUGUCACUAGAUUACCGUGUAGGGAAAAAUCCAAGAAAACGUAACAUAACAUUAUUUUGACCUUUGCACCUUUACUCCAUUCGUAGAAAAAUGAUAAUUCAGAAAAAUCUGCAGAGGUCAGUUGACACUGGUCGCCUGCGGGCAGAUGCUGGUGCUGAUGAUGUUUUAUUCAUUCUUCAUUCCUUGUAGAAACUGAGAGUCAAUCCAGCUCAUUUGGACGUUUCUCCUCUGACACCGUCUCAACAGACCCUGAAACCUUCUCAUGAUUAUUACAGAUUAUGGUUCAUCACAACACUUUAAUUGUUUUCCUGUAUCUGUGAGCCUGAGGCAUUUUUUUGAAUUGCUGUACCAUGUUUUUUUUUUUAUGAUUAAACGUUUUCUUUUUUGUA